AGCACAAAUAAAGACUGGUCGACAGCCAGGUCGCUGCAGUCAUCAAGCGUCUGGUUUUGCAACGCCCCUCUUUAGGGAAGGGAAUGGUCGGCUAUUAAACCGAUAAGGCGAGUGGACCCUUUCCAGUGUGUUUUGCGGGAAAAGUGAAACUGGAUCUGCGAGGACUGAAUGUCCGAAAACAGCUGAGAAAAAGCGCAACAUCAACUUUACAGAAUAAAAUAACCACCUCUAAGAACAGCCGGAUAAGAUGGCGUCGGCCAAUGAUACCCAUCAGCAGGCGCAGGUGCAGAAGGAUGUAGCCGAUCAGAAUUUUGACUACAUGUUCAAGCUGCUCAUCAUUGGCAACAGCAGUGUGGGAAAAACUAGUUUUCUGUUCCGUUACGCUGACGACUCCUUCACCUCUGCGUUUGUCAGCACGGUCGGCAUCGACUUUAAAGUCAAAACGGUGUACCGUAACGAGAAACGGGUCAAACUGCAAAUAUGGGACACAGCAGGGCAGGAGAGGUACCGCACUAUUACCACAGCGUACUACAGAGGGGCCAUGGGCUUCCUGCUAAUGUACGACAUCACUAACCAAGACUCCUUCUACGCUGUGCAAGACUGGGCAACUCAGAUUAAAACGUACUCGUGGGACAACGCUCAGGUGAUUCUGGUGGGAAACAAAUGUGAUAUGGAGGACGACAGACUGGUGUCCAGAGAGGAUGGAGAGAGACUGGCUAAUGAGCUAGGCUUCCAGUUUUUCGAGGCCAGUGCGAAGGAUAACAUUAACGUCAAGCAGGUGUUUGAGCGGCUGGUCGAUAUCAUCUGUGACAAAAUGAACGAGAGCUUGGAUGGAGACCCGAGCAUGUUAACCAAUCACAAAGGCCCGAGUCUGCAAGACAUGCCCCCUGAUGCACAGAGCAGCUGUGGAUGUUAAUGAUCGUCUCUCAGCAAACACUCAUCCCUGAAGGCAAACAUUCACACACAUGCACACACUCCCUCUCUCGCUCUAACACACGUAUACCGGAAGAGAGACAGCCAAUAUAUAGUAUGAAAUGCCAUCCAGACAGUAAGAAUACGGCAUAAGCCCCUUAAAAUGAAUCAUUUGAGUCACAUAGACAGGCCCCUCAGGGAUGGGUUUCCCUCAGUGUGAUGUGUGGCUGCUAAUACACUGAACUGUGACAUCAUGACGAGAACAGCCGGGAAAAUACUGCAUGAAACUGCAGAAAUCAGAAAAUCACAUGCCAAAGUCUUAACUGAAUGCUCAACGUUUUAGGAGAGUUUCAAACUACUGCAGUGUCUGUUCUGUUUACAACAUGCUCAGAUAAAAUGCAUCUGGUCGUCAUUGUGACGUAGCUUUGAAAUGUAUACAGAUUAUUUUAAUGGAUGCAAGAUCAUUGUUUUACUUCGUUAUAGGCGAUAAACAUUUUAGGACUGCUCUGGAAAUGAUUGUCAGUCUUCAUAGUUUUUGUUACUUGUUUCAAAGCAAGUCAUAUUAUAUUGGUCUUUGCCAUUUGCUUUAAAAACAAUAAAUUUGCUUCCCUGUGGAC